GCUGACAACGCUAAGAUGGCCAAAAAAAGCCCAGAGGGUUCGUGGAGUGCUAGGAGGAGAGGGGGUUUGGUGUGGAAGCAGCAGAAAUGGCCAGCAAAGUGUUGGAUCUGAUAUACUGGCGGAAUUUGGCAACCACCGGGGUGGUGUUUACAGGUUUGGUUGUGGGUUUGGCUUCGUUGUUUCAGCUCAGUGCCAUUACAAUCCUGUCCAACCUCGGUUUGGGCAUUAUGGCCUUUACCCUCCCUGUACGCUUGCUUUACAAAGCCAUGACAGUUACCCGUCUCAAUGAUGGAUCGCAUCCCUUCCAGUCAUAUUUGGAUGAGGACCACACGCUGACAGACGAGGACACAGUUCGCAUGGCGGAACAAAUGGUUCUGCUGUUUGCAACGGCUGUCAGUGAGCUGAAGAGGCUGUUCUUCAUCGACAGCAUCAUGGACUCAGUGAAGUUUGUUGUGUUCCUAUAUUUGUUGACCUAUGUGGGGGUCCAAGCCAACGGUCUCACGCUGGUGAUGUCCGGUGUGAUAUGCGCUUUUUCUCUGCCAUUGCUGUAUAAACUCCAGCAGGAGAGGAUCGACAAGGUGGUAAAAGCAAUCAAACUCCUUGUGGAAAAAAUCACUGAAAUGGUUGAUCUUGUGGUUUCUCUGGCCAAACCUUCCCCAGCCCCAGCACCUCCUCCUGCCCCUGCAUUAAAACAUAAACAGAAGACUAAAUGAACAGAAGUGUGGUGAGAAGCAGAAAUGUGGAGCUCACUGAACAAACAAAGAAAGUCUUACGGUGCAGCUGAAGUCCUGUAUGUCAGACAGGUUCAAGGGUUUGAGGCUUAUGAAUGAACAUUAUGUUUUACAGUAACACUCAAGGUGCUAGGAGACACUUCAUUAACUAUUUUGAAAAUAAUUAAAGCGACAGGACACCAAAAAAGAAAAGAAAACUCAUCAUUUACUCAGCCUCCACUUAUUUCAAACCCAUUUGAGUUUAUUUCUUCUGUUGAACACAAACUAAUAUAAUUUGAAGAAUGUUAAAAAGAAAAUCGCCAUUGAUUUCUAUAUAAUAUAUAGAUUUUUUUUUUCAACAGAAAUGAAAAAGGGAUUUGGAAUCACCUGAGGGUGAAUAAAUGAGUGCAUUUUCAUCUUUGGGUGAACUUUCCAUUCAUUUUAUUUAACAUAAACUCUCUUUUAUAAUUAAUAACUAUAUACAGAUGUGUAAUAUUUAUAAUUACUGGUUCAUUUUGCCUAACCAAGCUUUUUUUUUUUUUUUACACUGAUUUUCAUAUUAAAUGGUGAACCUAUAGUGACAGUUGUAAGUAUGUUAUUGUCCACUAGAGAGCGCAAUGCGACCACAAAAUCACGACAGUUCUGGGUCAAGUUGUAGAAAUUCUGCCAUGUAAAACUUUUUAAAACAUUAGAGCUUAAAGUGAGGAUGUUUGGUAUUUUAUUCAAUAUUCAAUACGUAAUGUUUUGCGUUUCAGAUUUAAAACUAAUUUAUGUCACUUUAAAACAAGUCAUGUUUUGCUUCCCUGUGUUUGUGCAUCUUUUGUGCGACAUGACCCCAAGUAAACACGUGUUUUCAAUGUUA